UUAGAGUAGUAUGUAAAUACUAUGUCCUAUAAAAACACAAGAGGAUCACUACAAGUCUUAGUAGAAGCUGCAUCAUCGAACUGCCUGUCGCCCAAUCACUACUAUUGGCGCAUCCAGAGUAUAAAGCCAUGAAGUUCUCCAUCCUCUUCUUCAUCCUGUUGUUGGCGUGCAUGUGCCCAGUUCUGGCGCAAGGUUCUUAUGAGAACUGCUGCCUGAAAUAUGUGGCUGGUAUCAAGAAGUCCACCAAGAAACGGGUGGAGAAGUACAGACUACAAGAAACAGAUGGGGGCUGCAACAGGCAAGCCGUGGUGUUCACCCUGAGGAAUUUGAGAACAUUUUGCGCAGAUCCUAAACAGCAAUGGGUGCAACAUCUCAUCGCUGACGUCGAUCGCAGGAACAAGAACACCAUGUGAGGGACUGGUUGGAGCCUAAAUGUAGUCAAGAGCCCCAGUAAAGCUUGGUUUGGAAGUCUACGGAUGACGAGGUCUUCGUGGUGGAUUGAAAAAACCCAUUACAGAGGUGUAACGACAGACGGUUUCGGCAAAGUUCUCACAGCCAAGAUAUUACCGUCAGUGUCAUACUUAACAUUGAGAUUGUGCUUCCUUUGAUGUAUGACUUGUCAACUUCAGGUUGCAUGUCAGCAUACAUACCCAGAUGCCCUCAGGAGAUGAUGCUUUACCAGUUUGUCUGAGCUUGAACAUGAGCUUGAAGUGAGUGGGUUAAUAGCUCAGACAUAUUUAAUCUUUAACAGCGUAUAACAACUUAUAAUAACACACUGUGAACAAAUUGUAUUAACUUCUUUUCUCUCAGAGAAUUAUAUUGUUAUGCAGCACUCGUGAAUGUUAACGUGAUGAAUGUUAUUUUUAUAUGAUACCAUAUUUUUAUAUGAAAACAUACAUAGAUUUAGUCUUUAUGUGAGAUAUUGUCAGUAUAUCAACCUGAUUAAUUAUCUGAUAAAGAAACUUGUAUAAAGGUGAUCUUUCUCAUUAUUGCAAGGAGUGGAUAUGUGGUCCAAAAUAAAAAAAAAUGUUUUCAUAGUAA